UAUCUACUGAUCACUGAUACCAUAGCCGACUAUAGCCCACUUUCGGGCAAUGCGUGCUCUACAUGUCGAGCGUUAGUGAUGACACUGAAUCGUCAUCGCACUUUGUGACACCUGCGAGCGAUGUGAGGCUUUCAGCCACUCAGCAGGCGCUCGCAGGCAGCACGGCCAAAGGAGCCACCAAACUGAUCUUGUACCCCUUGGACACGUUCAAAAGUCGCCGGCAGGCACGGCGCUUUGGAGAGCUGCAAGAGUUCAGGCACCUGCAGACGCUGCGAGGUGUGUACCGCGGCAUCGUGCCGAAGCUUCUUCUUUAUUCUCCCUACCAGGCAGUCUACAUGAGCGCGUACAUCACCGCCCGAGACCACUUGCUCCAAGGGCCUUUGGGUGACUCGGUGGCGACCUUCGCCGUCGCCGGCGCCGUGGCAGAGGUCGCUGGCUCGGCCAUCCGGCUUCCAAUGGAGGUGGCAAAGCUCCGGCUGCAGUUGGGCGCCUACAGCAACAGUUUCCAGGCCUUCAAGGACAUCCUGAUGAAUCCUUGGCGCCUGACACGUGGCUUUGUGCCACAAACCAUCAUGCACGAUUGCUCCUACAGCGCUUGUGGAUGGCUCUUUUUUGAAUCUGGCAGGCAGUGGCUUUACUCGCUGCGAGGAUCCUCCAAUCUGCCAGUCUAUGAGAACCUCUUGUUGGGUUUUGCAGCUGGCACAUUGACUUCCUUGGUCACGAACCCCUUCGACGUGAUCAAGACCAGGAUCAUCGGUUCUUCAUCGGAGACUCCACCAGGCAUUCUCAGCACGGCGAAGAGUAUUUGGCGUUUUGAGGGGCUUGGGGCCUUUUGGCAAGGUGCCUCGUUGCGUCUUGGCCAGUAUAGGGUCACUGUGAGCCAUAGAUCGUUGUCAAAGAAAGGUAAAGCACUCAGGGAAUCCUUAGACACUGCCACUGCAGCUAAGAAAUUGGCUGCCAACACAUCAAACAAAAGCUAAGACUGACAAGCAUGGCCUCAUACGAGAAAAGGCCAAACGCAGAGGCCAUCAUCAGCCAUCCCUGAGGCAGGAAAUGCUAUGUUGUGCUCAUAAAGAACCGCUAGGAGAGACUCUACAAGCCACGGAGUUGUAGAGCAGAAGGCUUCGAUUUCCACCAAUGAGCAGAUAUCAUGGCUCGGAGCAUGACAACGCGAGCAUCGGCACCAGGCUGGAAGCGGCCAAUAAAGCCAGCUUGGGAUGAAGUCUAUGGGCUGAACUUCUCGGAAUGGGCUGAACAAUGCUGAACAGCUGAGUCCGGUCCAACCGGAGUCGAAGAGCCCAGCCACGGAGCCGAACAGCCCAGGCGAGAACACCGAGUUCGGGCGCAAGCCACGUCUGGAAAGCAGGUGGAAUAAACCCACACAGAAGUUGAACAUGUUUUAUACAACUGUUGGCACCUCAUAUUCCAUGAGUCAAUUCUUUGCAGCUAUUCUGACAGGAAAGGUAUUGACAGGUGCGGCGUUUUGGCCGUUCACACUGCGCACGCACUGCAGAUACUUUGGAGAACGCUCGGCUCAGAGAAGAGAACCGCAAACUGAGAGAGGCGGGUACGAACUUCCAGGAAUCCCCCUCCCUCAAACUGCGCCGACACGACAGAAAGAGACAACUUGUACUGUAAACAGAAAGUAAAACUGAGCAAGCACGGCUUUGCAAUUUGGCUGAGUGCUAUCGCAUUUUAUCCCAGUGACUUCUUCCAACUGCGCAGAUUUCGUGGGUGGAUGAAUUGAACUGUUUGGGGUCUCUUGCCGGGAGAAUGUGUGUUUGAGAAGGGGCACCUAACCAAGUUUGCUGUGUUGAUUAAGGAUCACUUGUGCCUGGGCCCUCUUGAACGAAUCCUACGAGCCACAACCAUCAAGAGACAGUUGCAUGUAGAUAAGUCAUGUGUCGCAGCACUGUGUUGCAUAUACCAUACUUAUACACAAUCUUACAUAUUAUAGUUUUAGGGUAAUGACUUUGGGUUUGAGCUUCUGAGAUGAAUCUCGUUUGUUGGUGUGAACAGCCCCAGAGCCUUGGGGCUGAAGGAGGAACAAGAUCAUAUGAAAGAUCCACAAGCCUAUUUGAUGAGAAAUGGGUGCCAGCCAUCCGCCGAGGCGUGUCCUACAUUUGGCGCCCAGCCAUGGAUUGUACAUGCUCCUGUACGAAGUCAUCAAGCUUCAAAUAGCAGCUUUCGGUGCAGAUGAGGACCGCAAAAAGAUGCAACGAUGAGAAGAGAAGCAGGGAGCUGAUAAGGGAAACCGCACCGAAAGAAUUUGACUAGAGCAUUCACCGUUUUUUUUUGG